AUGCCUAAUAUUUGUUGCAGUUGUAAAGAAGUAUCAUUAUUAUUAUAUGCAGAUUGCAUUAUUAUACGAUUCUUUAUGGUGGUUGGAAUGAGAUUUCGUGGUAGUCAUAAAUUUAAGAAAUCAGAUAUCAUCACUCUUGAACCAGAACCUUCUAAUAUACAUAAUAUAAAUACAAUAAAAGUUAUUGUAGAUAGUAUCCAUAAAGCCUAUGUGGCAAAGAAUGAAAAUGAAAGUAUUGGAGAUUUAAUGAAACGAUAUCCAACUUAUCAGGUAAAUGCUCAUAGAAAGAAAAACUAUAAUCAAUCAGCAUUUUUAAAUCUUGAAUAUCCUUGA